GUUUAUUUUAUGGGCCAUAAAUUAUGGCUCCGAAAAUCAGAAGAUGUGCAAUUUCGGGGUGUACGGCAUCUUCCGUCUCCGAAGACGGGAAAAUGAUGCACCGCUUCCCCCGUAGAAUUUGCAGACUGAAACAUUGCGUGACAGUGUCGGGAAAUGAAGACUUGUUGAACCUUAGUCCCAUUAAGAUUCAUCAAGACAGAUACAUCUGCCCUAAGCACUUUACCAACUCUCAGUACUUUGAUGGCGAACACCGCUCUUAUCUGGGCAGCUGGGCAAAGCCAACUCUGCAUCUGCCCGAGCCUCUUACUGAAGAGCCUUCGUGGCCAGAUGUUCCUGUCAUGGCAGGGGCUGCUAACCACGUCUCUAGUUCCAAGGCUAGUCCUCUAACUGGUGCCUCUUCACCACUCAAUGGUGCUACUGUUGCUGCUGACCGAGAUGAUGCUGUGCGUGCUGGUGGCCAUUCUGAAGAACCCUUGUGGUUCUCCAAUCCAGGCACCAGCAUGCCCCCUCAUUCCGUGUCAGCAGCAGAAUUCACCCCUGAAUUCAGUUGUAAAUCAGCUGAGGUCUUAUCACCAUUCGGCAAACGACUUCGUGAGGAGGAUGAGGAGGCUCCAGAUCUAGAUUUGAAGCACUUGGAGCCCCCUGCUAAAGUUGUCGUCUGUGAAGUGGUGGAGGCUAGAAGACGAUCAACUGAAACUUUAGGAGCACGUGAUCGUUCUCACACUCCUAAAUCCAGGAUGAGUCAGAAGAAGCUUGCCUCUAUGAGUGGGGUCAAUCCCUCCUCCAUGUCAGAUGAUGCAAAGAAAAUUGUCAGAACAGCAUUUCAGUAUAGGCGUAUGGUCAUGAAUAUAAAAAGCCAACUGACAAAAACUCAGAAGGCAAACGCCUCUUUGCUUAUUCUGUGA